AUGGCAAACACUCUCCCUAGAAAGCAGAAAGGUGCCUCACCUGCACCUCCACAAAAUAUCCCUCGAUCCCCUGCGCAGCCCAGGAAAACCAAACGAAAGAGCUACGCUUCCGAGGGUGUCACCGACAAUGAUAUCUUCCUGUUACCUGUCGUGGACUAUCAGAUCAUGGCCGUCUUGACUCUGAUCGGCGCUGCUGUCCGCUUGUUCCGCAUCUCCCAACCCACCAGUGUUGUAUUCGACGAAGUCCACUUCGGUGGCUUUGCGACCAAAUACAUCAAGGGGAAAUUCUUCAUGGACGUCCAUCCUCCUCUAGCCAAGCUCCUCAUCACCCUGGCAGGCUGGGCCGCUGGUUUUGACGGAAGCUUCGACUUCAAGGAUAUUGGAAAAGAUUACAUCGAGCCCAAAGUUCCAUACGUCGCAAUGCGACUCCUGCCUGCCCUUCUCGGCGUACUGACUAUCCCAACCAUCUUCCUGACCCUCAAAGCUACCGGUUGCAGAACUUGGACUGCCGGCUUGGGUGCCGCCCUUCUCAUCUUCGAAAAUGGCUUCAUUACCCAGUCCCGUUUGAUCCUGCUCGACUCCCCUUUGGUCAUCUGCACUGCGGUCACUGGAUUAGCAUGGACGGCUUUCACCAACCAACAUGAACUUGGACCCGACCGGGCGUUCGAUGCCAGCUGGUGGUUUUGGUUGGUCGCAACUGGUUUGGGUCUGGGCGCUACCGUCAGUGUAAAGUGGGUUGGUCUCUUCACCAUUGCGUGGGUUGGAAGUUUGACUAUCCUGCAACUCUGGGUCCUCCUUGGUGAUACCGUCAAUGUCACCCCUCGGAAAUGGUUCAAGCAUCUUUUUGCCAGAGUCUUUUGCUUGAUUGUGAUUCCCGCGGCUUUCUACGUGGGCAUGUUUGGCAUCCACUUCUUGUGCUUGGUCAAUCCUGGAGAUGGCGAUGGAUUUAUGUCUUCCGAGUUCCAAGCUACUUUGAACAACAAGGGAAUGGCAGACACUCCAGCCGAUGUGGCCUUCGGAAGCGAGGUGUCCAUUCGCCAUCACAACACCCAGGGAGGAUAUCUCCACUCUCAUCCUCACAUGUACCCGACUGGAAGCAAGCAACAACAGGUGACCCUCUACCCUCACAAGGACGAGAACAAUGUCUUCCUUCUUGAGAAUCAAACACAGCCCAUCACGGCCGACAAUGUCACCAUUGGUGGACCUCGCGCCUGGAGCAACCGCACCACCGAGUACAUCAAGGAUGGUGAUGUUAUAAGACUCUAUCACAUCAUGACUCAUCGUCGUAUUCAUUCGCAUGACGUCCGACCGCCGGUCACAGAAGCUGAUUGGCAGAACGAGAUCACUGCAUAUGGCUACGAAGGGUUUGAAGGUGAUGCCAACGACUUCUUCCGAGUCGAAAUUAUCAAGUCGAUGUCGGACGGAGAGGAGGCCAAGACCAGACUACGCACCAUCCAGACCAAGUUCAAGUUGGUUCACAUCAUGAGUGGCUGUGUACUAUUCUCGCACAAAGUCAAGCUCCCUGAUUGGGGAUUUGAGCAGCAAGAAGUGACCUGCGCCAAAGGUGGCACUCUGCCCAACAGUGUCUGGUAUAUCGAACAGAAUUACCACCCCAUGUUCAAUGAAACGGCCGAAAAGGUGAAUUACAAAAAUCCUGGGUUCUUGGGCAAGUUCUUGGAACUUCAGAAAGUCAUGUGGAGAACCAAUGCCGGAUUAGUAGAAUCUCAUGCCUGGGACUCUCGGCCAGGAUCAUGGCCAAUCCUUCGCCGUGGUAUCAACUUCUGGGGUAAGGACCAUCGUCAGAUUUAUCUGCUCGGCAACCCGGCUAUUUGGUGGCCAUCAACUGUGGCUAUCUUGACCUAUGUCGCCUUCAAGGCGAUUGCUGUGCUACGCUGGCAACGAAGCUUCAACGACUAUUCCGAGGUCAACUUCAAGCGAUUUGACUACGAGAUUGGGCAGACGGUGCUUGCUUGGGCGUUCCACUAUUUCCCAUUCUAUUUGAUGGCGCGCCAGUUGUUCCUUCACCAUUACUUCCCAGCACUCUACUUUGCCAUUAUUGCCCUUUGCCAGAUCUACGACUUUUUGUUCAACCGCAUCGCAUCGCUCGGUCUCAAGCAAUACCCUGGGAUUGGUCGAGGCGCGGCAGUUGCAUUCGUUGCCGUUGCCAUUGCAGUCUUUACGCUCUACGCACCUCUGGUCUAUGGAAACCAGUGGACUCAGGACAAAUGCAAAUCCGUCAAACUUUUUGAUACCUGGGACUUUGAUUGCAACACGUUCCACACUGAUUAUUCGAAGUACAGCCUUCCAAACCUACCGGAAGCCACUCCUACAGUGCCAGGACAAAAAGUCGACUCUGAGCGAAAGGACGAUGUUGCGAUAUCGCAAAAGGCUGGUGAGCCACAGGUCGUUGGUCAAGAAGAAAACGUGGAAUAUCGUGACCAGGAUGGAAAUCUUCUCGAUGAGGAGCAGGUUGCUCUCCUGCUUGCAGAGGGCAAAGCCAGUUUCCAGACCAAAUACGAGACGCGGACACGGAUGGUGGAUGAAUUCGGCAACGAAGUCAAUGCAUCUGGGGUGGCACCAGAUCACCCUGAUGUGGAAGGCCAAAAUCCCGACACUAAAGGGGUGCCUGAGGAGAAGGGUCGAAGCCAACCAGCAGAAGUCAAAGCUGGAGGGUCAGUGAAGAAGGAAGAUGAUGGCAAGGCGAAGCCAGCAAGUGAUGCCAGUGAGGCCACGAAGUGA